AUGGCGCCUUCACCAUCACUCAACAUCCCCAAGUCUCCGUCAACCGUCUCCGUUUCGGUGAUCGAGACAAGCUCCAGGAUCAUUGCCAAAACUAGUGUGGUCGUCCAGCCUCACAUCGUCGGGCACGAUGAGUUUAAUUGCCCCUGCUAUUCAUUCCUGAUUGGACACCAGGCCACGGGGGAAAAGAUCCUCUUCGACCUGGGUAUUCGAAAAGAUCCAGAAAACCUCUCGCCCAGGACCCAUGCCUUCACCAAGGCCAUGAGCAUCUCUUCACGGGUCAAUGUGUCCGACAUCCUCGGGGACGAGGUAUCCAAUAUCUCGGCGAUAAUUUGGUCACACCAUCACUUUGACCAUAUUGGGGAUCCGUCGACGUUUCCACCCUCAACCGCUCUCGUCGUUGGCCAGGGUUUCAAGGACGAAUUUCUGCCCGGCUAUCCCGCCAACCAGGAUUCAUGGAUCAAGGAGAGCGACUACGCGGGUCGGGAAUUUGUCGAGUUGAAUUUCGCCGAGGCUGGUUUGAAGUUGGGCCAGUAUGACGCGGUCGACUAUUUCGGGGACGGUUCUUUUUAUCUCCUCGAUUGUCCUGGCCACACGGUCGCCCAUAUAAUGGGCCUGGCUCGAACGACCACGGAUACUUUCGUCCUCAUGGCUGCAGAUUGCUGUCAUCAUGGAGGAGAGUUCCGCCCGAGUCCAUAUCAGCCACUGCCUGAGUCGAUCGAUCUACCCGUAACUGCCAAGGGCAAGCUGCGGCCCUUGCGGUCGCCUUGUCCCGGGUCCUUGUUUGUGAAGGUACACCCGAAAAAUUCGCGAACGGAAGCCUUCUAUGAGUUGAACAAUCCUCACAACUCCGACGCAGUCAAGGAGGCGAUGCGAAGUCAGCGGAAGCUGGAAGAAUUCGACGCGAGUGAGGAUGUCUUGGUUCUGACUGCUCACGACUCGGACGCGGCCGACGUCAUUGACCUGUAUCCAAAGACUGUCAACGGCUGGAAAAGUAAAGGGUGGAAACAGCAGCUCCACUGGGCGUUCCUCCACGACUUCCAAGUAGAGUGA